AUGGGCAAGUAUCCUCUGAAAAAGCUAUCGUCUGAGGUCGAACAAUUUCAGAAAGACGGCGAGGAGCAGCAAAAGAGAAAUCCUGUUAUACGAUCGGAGCUUAAGAAAUUCGGACUCAUUGAACUGGUGUUUCUCGGCAUAACGCUCACUGUUCUUCAAAUCAAGCAUCUUACCGAUGAUGAGAUCAAAUUCAUUCACGAAUUUCUUCGGCAAUGUAUAGAGACCAACCACCUUGAGCCCUACUUGCGCCAGGAAAGAUUUGUCACGGCUAUCAAGAAUGCGCAUGUCAUUGAUCUGGUGGAGCAAGACUUUUCAGACUUCCAGAAAUUUAAAAAGGAUAUAGAGGCUCGAAGCAAUGAGCUAGCCAGAAAGAAGAGGGAAAAAGUGUCAGAUAAUGAUCCAGCUGGCGAAUCUCUGCGCGCUUCAUCUGUUAGUGCCGAUGUGGCAGACGAUGACAUUGACUUGGAGAGCCGUGGACUUGAUACCACUGUUGUAAAACCUCCCUGCUGCUUUCUGCAAUUCAUCGCAUCGCUUGGGUCCGCAGAAGAUGAAGAGACAUCAUCAUCUUCGCAUCUCCCACAAGUUCAAGAGCAUGUGCAACAGCCAGCCAGUGAUGAGAGUCAUAUUGAAGAGGGCAUGAGCCAAGAAGAUAGCCGCCCAGCAACCGAUUUGGGGAGGAAAAGGGAAAACAGUGGGAACGAAGCGAGCGAAGGAGACAUCUACGCAACAGCCCAGCCCUUGCAGAAAAGGGCGAAAACAGUCAGCGAGGUUCAUGCCGAAUUGCCAACCGCCGCAAACACAGGAGGAUGUCUUCAAGAGCAUCAAACUCCAAAUGUUGGACCUCUCACUGCAUCUCCCAGUGUCACCCAAGAUCGAGUUCUCAGGACAGUCUUUUCCGCAACGUUUCUAAAAAGUAUUCGUGCUUAA